UAAUUGUAGCUUGCUAUGUCCUUGAAUUAUGCUGCAUCCCUAUCAAAGUAUCCUGACAAGGGCGAGCUUGGUGACGAGGAACUGAUUGAAACAACUGAAAAGGUCAUAGAAAAAGUAUUGAUCCUGGCUGGAGCUAUUGAAAAGGCUCAAAAUAUUGUUUUUAUUACUGGUGCUGGCAUUAGUACUUCAUCAGGGAUUCCAGAUUUCAGAGGUCCUAACGGGGUCUGGACUAUGGAAGAAAAGGGUCUUCAGCCAACUAUAAAUAUUGAUUUUGAACUUGCCAGACCAUCAUACACUCAUUUUGCUAUAAAUGCAAUUCUAAACAGUGGGAAAAGUUGUUAUGUCGUUAGUCAGAAUGUUGACAAUCUCCAUCUAAAAUCAGGUUUUCCGAGAGAACAUCUAUCAGAAGUACAUGGAAACAUUUUUACAGAGAGAUGUAUGACCUGUGGCAGAGAAUACUUACGAGGUACUCCGACAAAAACAAUAGGUCUGAAGAAAACAGGAAGAUUGUGCACUACCCUGAAGGCUAAUAGUAGACCUUGUAGAGGGAAACUUGUAGACAGUGUUUUGGAUUGGGAAGAUAGCCUGCCCUGGGACGAGUUAUAUGAAAGUGAAUACCAAUGUUCUACUGCAGACUUGUGUCUCAUUUUAGGAACCUCCAUGCAGAUCCAACCAGUUGGUAAUAUGCCAUUCAAAACCAAGCGCUAUGGAGGAGAAAUCAUGAUUGUUAAUUUACAAAAGACACGAAUGGACCAACACGCUGAUCUUGUUAUACAUGCAAAAUGUGACGAAGUUUUCAGAAUGUUAAGCUCUAAAUUGGGGAUCAAAGUGAAAGAGGAGAUAAUAAAUAUGCCAAGCUCAACUGAACUGAAAGUUAUUAAAGAGGGUUAUCGUCCUGAUCCUCCUCCUAUUGUAAAAUAUAAAGUUAAAAGGAUUAAAGUUUGCCCUGAUGUAGAUCUUGGUGGUGAUAGUAAGGCUGUUGAUGUGAAGACAGAGAAUGGUGCUCAGAAGAAUAGGAAUGGUAAAGUUAUUGCAGAUGCUAAUAACGAAAUAAAAUCAGAAAAACUGGGUUAGCUAUCAAGUGAUCCUGUUUUAGGUUUCAAGGAAAUUGAAUUAUUAUAACUUUGCCAGUAACUAUUUCCGCAGAUGCUUACUGAUCAACGCGUUGAUCAGUAAGCAUCUGCGGAAAUAAUAGCAACGAUCAUAAAUAAUUGUAAAUAUGAGCUUCUGUUGGCAGUACUGGACCGAUUUAUUUGAAUACCAAACGCUUAUUUUGUUUCGUAUUAUUGUCAAAUUUCAGAUACGUUUAUAAGAUAUAUUUUGUCGCAAAUUUUGUAUUGCACCUUAUUGCACGUGUUUCUUUCACUAUAUUAUGUACUUUCUAAAUAAGUGUUUUAUCGUUCAACAUCGAACAAAAGUAUGCCAGAUAAUUUUUCGUUAGUACAGAAUCUGGGCAAUAAUUCUUUUUACAGGCUGUUUUUGAUUUGGAAUUUCCUUACAGUUCAGAUACUUUGGUUCGAUGAAAUUGCUUUUUUAUUUUAUUUGUUCUUUUUCAGAUAUAAAGAUAAAUUUGAUGCUUGUUAUAAUAUUAAAUAAGUAUUAUUUGUUUGACAUAUGGUUUUUUUGUGAAAUUUAUAGUCUUAAUAUAUUCAUUAUUGGUUGUUUAACUUUCACCAAUUGUUCACCAUAGAUACUUAGACAAUUACCCUUUUUCAUGCUU